AUGACUUCACUAGCAUUGAUCCUCCUGCUCACGUUCCUCCCUGCUGAAUAUGCAAGAGGCAAAUACCUCCCCAAGGCAUCAAGUAACCCUGUGUUCGGACCACGACAGGUAUAUGGUCUGCUCAACGGGUCAGUCACUGUGACGUGCUUCUACCCUCCCAGUCGAGUGAACAGACAUGACAGGAAGUAUUGGUGCAAGGAGUCAGCCACGGGCUGCUUAACUGUUACCUCCACCAGCGGCUACACUGCUCCAGGCUACCGAGGCAGAGCCUCCAUCACCGACAACCCACAGGAAGAAAACUUCCAGAUCAGCAUCUCUGAGCUUACAAUGGCAGACGCAGGCACCUACCAGUGCGGUGUUGGCAUCAACAGUAGAAGGCUCACCCACAAAGUCAAUCUGGAUGUUUCUAAAGAUUCUCAUAUACCCGAGGGAGCUGAGCUCUUCUACGUGAAGCUGCACAGCACUUUGGCCAUGACCUGCAACUUUGGGAACGACUAUGAGAGCAUGAGGAAAUUCCUGUGCAAGAUGAGUAAAACCGGCUGCGUUAACAUCAUCGAUAGCUAUGGGAACAUUGAUGAGGAUUACAGAGGGCGAGCUCUGCUGAGCAAUACGGAGGCUCCAGGCUCAUUCAGCAUCAUGAUCACUCACAUGACUUGGGAAGACUCUGGAUUGUACCUGUGUGGGGUCGGUGUCUAUGGGCAGAGCGGAGAAACAAAGGAACUGGAUGUGCACGUCUAUGAGGAGACUAACGAUCCUCAAGUAAAACCCACGAUAUUUGGAGUAAAAGGAAGUUCAGCGACAUUUGAAUGCCACUAUAAGCCUCUGAAGGGCACCUCAGUGAAUUACUGGUGCAAGUGGAGACAGAACGGCUGUUCUCGGAUCAUAGACAACUCCGGGUACGUGUCAGGCUUGUAUGAAGGAAGAGUGGCCAUGUAUGAGAGCCCAGAUAACCAGACGAUCACCAUCAUCCUGAACCAGCUGAAGGACAGUGACGAAGGCUAUUACUGGUGCAUGACAAAUGAGGUGGAAGAGCAGCAGUCAUCAACUGAGCUGAAGAUCGUGGACGGACAACCUGGACUACAGGGAAAAGAGGAAGUAGAGGCACAAGAGGGUUCUCAGCUCAACCUGACAUGCUCUUACCAGUGCCGGUACUACUCCUACCAGAAGUACUGGUGCAAGUGGAGCAGCACUAGCUGCACCCCCCUGCCUGCUUCUGACCAAAGGCAGCCAGGGUCGGAAGUUACGUGCGACACCGAUGACAAGACAGUUAUCCUGAGCUUUGACUCGGUGGCAAAGACAGACCAAGGGUGGUACUGGUGUGGCGUGAAGCGCAAUGGCCGCUAUGGGGAAACCAUGGCAGUGUACCUGUCCGUGACCUCAGGAGAAAGCGCCAGACACAGCCCGGAGUCCCUGGACGCUGGUGCCCACAGCCCGGAGUCCCUGGAUGCUGGUGUCCACAGCCCGGAGUCCCUGGAUGCUGAUGUCCCCAGCCUUGUCAAGGCCCCCAGCCCUGCUGAGGGUGGGGUUAUUCCCCAAGGAAGAAUCAACGAUGCUGCCUCUGAAAGCCCUAAUCAAAGUGGCCCCAAUACUCUUCUGUUAGUUCUGGCUCCUGUUGGUGCUGUGCUCCUUAUCAUCACGACAGCUUUUGGUGUGUUCAAAUACAGGCAGCUGAAAAGAUCUGACCUGGUGUCCAUUGGGAGCUACAGGACAAACAUCAGCAUGUCAGACUUCGAGAGCAUUAAGGACUAUGGUGUGACCAAUAACUCCUGUGUGAAAGAGACCCAGGAGACUCGGAUAGGAGGGGACGAGUUCAUCACCACCGCGGCCACGCCGGAAAGUGCUGCCGAGACAAAGAAGGCAAAAAGGAGCUCCAAGAAGGAUGCUGACCUCACCUACUCCGCGUUCCUCACCUCCAGCAGCAUCGUGCAGGGCAGCUCUGGGGAGCACGCUGCUGCCCCACAUGUGUUCCCCCGGAUCUGA